UAUACGUUUUCCAAAUUGUUUUUUAAAAGUGAAAGUUAUGGGUGAUUUUAGUAUGUGCGUUACGUGGAUUUUAUUACUGACUACAGGGUCUAUGGCUGUCAUAAAUAAACACAGGAUCCCUUGGAUUAAAAUUAGAUUCUAUAAUCAAGAUCCUUUUGAAGAUUAUGCAAGUCGAUAUAUGAUCGCUUCAUCAGAUCGAAGCCAACUUCAGCGACCAGAAAAUGAUGAUCCCUGCGACAGUUUCAUCCCGCCACGACCAAGUUGGAAUUUCGGUCAACGUAUCAGUGAUAAAAAAUGCACUAAAUACAUGAGUGAUAUGAUGUACCGAAAUAAAAUAAAAGAAAGGCAAGUGAAGUGUCAGCAAAAACAUGGCAAGAAACCUGGACAUACAAACAUACGAAUAAUGAACAAACAUUCAACCAAAGUAGGAGAAUAUCCCCACAUGGCAGCCUUUGGUUGGAGACUACGAAGGCUAAGGAAUAGCUGGGCAUUUCUCUGUGGAGGCAGUCUCAUCAGCCCGAACUUCGUCCUGACAGCUUCUCAUUGUGGCUCACAGUCCAACACAGUAGUAAAUAGUAAAUACUUGAGGAAAGCAAAACCAGACAUCGUCCGAUUAGGAUCCAGAUAUAUCAAGAGACGCUAUAAUCCAAACACUGAUGUAACAAUCAAACAGUUCAUACAACAUCCAUAUUGGGAUCCGCCCAAACAUUAUUACGACAUAGCGCUGGUGGAGUUGGCCAAACCAGUGUCGUUUUCAAUAAAUGUUCAACCAGCAUGUCUGCCAGGAUCCUUUGCAUCGAAAUAUGAUGCUUAUAUUACUGGUUGGGGUGUUACCGAUGAAACAGUUAGAACCCUAUCAUCAGUACUUCAAGACGCGGAAGUCGAUAUUAUAGAUUCAAGUAAAUGCAACACACUGCUUAGUCCAUUUACAAAUAGAAAUUGGUGGGGUCUUAUGGACCACCAGUUAUGCGCCGGGAAACUCGAAGGUGGUGUUGAUACUUGCCAAGGAGAUUCUGGUGGACCUUUACAACUGAAGCUUCAAGAGACGAAGUAUGAAGGAAGUAUGCACAUGGUGAUUGGGGUGACAACAUUCGGGUUCAAAUGUGGAGUCAAAGAUCAGCCCGGCAUAUACACCAGGGUUUCUAGCUUUAUGGAUUGGAUAGAAAGUAUAGUUUGGCCACAAUAAC